AUGGACAUGCACCAAGCCACACACCUUGUUCUUCUUUCAAGCCCAGGACUUGGCCAUCUCAUUCCAAUGAUCGAGCUCGGAAACCGCUUCGUCUCCCACCACAACUUCAAAGUCACAAUCCUCGCAAUCACUUCCCAAACUUCAAAAGCAGAAUCCCAAGUCAUUAACUCAACCACCACACCCUCCCUCUGCCACGUCAUCGGGAUUCCUUCCCCAGACAUCACGGCCCUCGUCAAUGAAAACGACGCCGUCGUCACUCGCUUGUGCGUCAUGGUGCGCGAGGCCAAACCCGCCAUCAAAACCGCUCUUUCCAAAAUCACCCCUCGCCCCUCGGCACUCAUUGUAGACAUUUUCUGCACCGAGGCUAUACCCAUAGCAAAGGAACUCAACAUUCUCAACUACGUCUACGUGGCUUCAAACGCUUGGUUUCUCGCGUUGCUCGUGUAUUCUCCGGUGCUUGAUGAGCAAGUUGAAGGACAGUACGUGGACCAGAAAGAACCGUUAAAGAUACCGGGUUGCAAAGCGGUUCGACCGGAGGACGUGGUGGACCCCAUGCUAGACCGGAACGACGCGCAGUAUAAAGAGUAUUUAGGAAUGGGAAGCGGAACCCUUCAAAGCGACGGCGUUUUGGUUAACACGUGGGAGGAGUUUCAACGCGAACACCUUGAGGCAGUUAGGGAUGGAGGUUUGUUAUGUGAAGCCUUGAAGAUGAAGAUUCCAGUGUAUGCUAUUGGGCCUCUGGUGAGACAACCCGAGUCAGAAACGAGUCAUUCCACUGAGUCGCUGGUGAAGUGGCUCGACGAACAACCGAGUGAGUCGGUGGUUUACGUGUCGUUUGGGAGCGGUGGAACGGUGUCAUAUGAGCAAAUGACAGAGCUAGCUUGGGGGUUGGAGUUAAGCGAACAGAGAUUUGUUUGGGUGGUGCGCGCGCCCAUUGAAGGAGCUGCGGACGCGGCGUUUUUUACUACUGGGGGUAGCGAGGGGGAUGAGGUGUCCAAGUAUUUGCCAGAAGGGUUCGUAUCGAGGACGAGCAAAGUGGGGAUGGUGGUCCCACAGUGGGCCCCACAAAUAACGAUCUUGAAGCAUGGCUCUGUUGGAGGUUUUGUAUCGCACUGUGGGUGGGGUUCGACGCUUGAGAGUGUGACUAACGGCGUGCCGAUGGUGGCGUGGCCUCUGUACGCGGAGCAGAGGAUGAACGCAACGAUAUUGGCAGAGGAUUUGGGCUUGGCGGUGAGGCCCAAAGUGUUGCCCACUAAAAAGGUGGUGGGUAGAGAAGAGAUUGCAUGCAUGGUUAGAGAGGUUAUAGAGGGUCCCAUGAGGGAGAGAGUGAGAGAGGUGCAGCGCAGUGCAGUGGAAGCUUUGUCUAAGGGUGGUUCCUCCUUCACUGCAAUGUCUCAAUUGGCUAAAACAAUUGAAGGCCUAAAAGAGGGAUAA